AUGCAGUGCACUGAAACAAUCCUUCCUAAAAAUGCAUUAAACUUUCGUGUGCUGACGAAGGGAGUCGCUGGCAUUGGAAAAACAGUCUCUAUACAGAAGUUCAGUCUGGACUGGGCUGAAGAGAAAGAGAAUCAGGACGUCCACCUCAUAUUUCCACUUCCUUUCAAAGAGAUCAAUUUGAUGAAGAACAAAACACUCAGUCUUUUAGAUCUUCUUCAUCUUUUCUUCCCAGAGACAAAAGAAAUGGAAAUCUUCAGUGAUGAAUAUAAAGUGUUGUUCAUCUUUGAUGGUUUGGAUGAGUGUCGUCUGUCUCUGGAUUUUCACAGCAGUGUGAGGUUGUGUGAUGUAAGUGAAUCAACAUCAGUGGACGUGAUGUUGACAAACCUCAUCAAGGGGAAUCUGUUUCCCUCUGCUCUCAUCUGGAUCACCUCCAGACCAGCAGCAGCUGAUCUCAUCCCCUCUGAGUGUGUUGAUCGAGUCACAGAGGUACGAGGCUUCACUGAUCCACAGAAGGAGGAAUACUUCAGGAAGAGAAUCAGUGAUGAGAGUCUGUCUGAUCAAAUCAUCUCACACCUGAAGUCAUCCAGGAGUCUCUACAUCAUGUGUCACAUCCCAGUCUUCUGCUGGAUUUCAGUCACUGUUCUAGAGAGAAUGUUGAGUGAAGCAGAGAGAAGAGAGAUCCCCAAGACUCUCACUCAAAUGUACACACACUUCCUGAUCAUUCAGACAAACAUCAAACAUCAGAAGGACUAUGAGAAGAAAGAUGAAGACAUGAUCUUCAAACUGGGGAAACUGGCUUUUGAGCAGCUUGUGAAAGGCAAUCUGAUCUUCUAUGAUGAAGACCUGAGAGAGUGUGGCAUUGAUGUAGCAGAAGCAUCAGUGUACUCAGGAUUGUGUACUCAGAUCUUCAGAGAGGAGUUUGGUUUGUAUCAGGGGAAAGUUUACAGCUUUGUUCAUCUCAGCAUCCAGGAACAUCUAGCAGCUCUUUAUGCUCACAUCUCCUGCACAAACAACAACAGAUAUGUGUUUGAUGAAAAUCAGUUUUCUAAAGUUUUGGGCAAAAUAAAACUUAAAUCAUUAAAAGAUUAUUUAUUAAUCAAUUUACAUCAUCGAGCUGUAGAUGAAUCUUUACAGAGUAAGAAUGGACAUCUGGAUCUUUUCCUGCGUUUUCUUCUGGGUCUUUCACUGGAGUCCAAUCAGAUUCUCUUACAGGAUCUCGUUUACAAAGACGUGAAACUCAGCGAGUGGUCAGUGUUCACUGAUAUGCUCACACAAAAAUUGCUGCAAAAUACGCAUUCCAACAGGUUUUAUCGUAGUUUUUGUUAA